GCCAAGGAAGCCGAAAUUCUCUUGAAUUUGAGUCGGAAUGAACAACCAGAACCUUCGCAUCAUGGAAGUCAGACGGCAUCGUCUGCUGAUGAUGACAUUGACUCAGAUUGCAGCUCCAGUCACCCCUUGGGCCUUCCGCACAGCGGUCUGAUGCCCAUGGACGCCGACACUUCUCAGCCUCAAACCCCUCGAACAGCGCGUCCCAGCAUGGCGGCUCUGGCUCGUCUUGAUACUAGAGCCAAUAGGCAUAUGAACAGUGGUUCAGCAGACAGCAGUGGAAAUCAAGUCGAUCAAUCGAUUCCGUUUCCCAACUUGGAGGAAGCUCUGAAUCAACCGAGUGCAGGUGACUUGGACGCUCAUCAAGCCAGAGAAUUUUGGAACCUCUACCUUGAGCAUUCGCGCAGUCUACUCGACUCAGUCAAGAGUUACCGGUUUGACCAAUUUGAACUCCAUCUGAGAAACUUCUGGUCUGGUCUCGAUGCCCCAAGUCGCCAAUCUGUAGGCCAUCCUGCGUUGAUGAGUCUCGUGUACCGAGCUGACGCUGUCCUGUACGACCAAAUACUCGAUUACCUUCAAUCCCAAACUUUGAGCCCAAUGCCUCAACAAGCCUUCGCGUCGCUUCGGCAGUUGGCCCAAAGCAUGGAGCAGGUCAUCAUAGUAGCCUUGGAGAGUUACCCUGCAAACUUUGUCGGGCCCAAGAUAGAACUAGCAGCUCGGUUCGGUCACCUGAUCGUUCGACACCUUGGAAUCUGCCAACUUGCACAGGCGCUUUCCGGCAUCUUCGCUAACCCUCAAAGCCUGAAGGAUAUGGUAGAAGCGUGGGACGGUAUCGAUUUCGAAGCCGUGCGCAAUCAAGCUGCCCUGGUCACGAACUGUCAACACGAUACCCUUGGGCACUGCUUUGAUGACUUUCGACAAGUGAUCGGAAACCCGAAUGUGACAAUCGACAACUUCAUCCAAUUCGCCGAGUGUACCUAUGACCGAUGCUUGCAACCAAACCCAGAUGGCGAACGCUCUUUGAGUCCCCGAUCCUUGCUUGUUAGAUGGUGUUUCGUCAGUUCGCAGCUCAUCAGGGAUCUCACUCUGCGUUCGGCAGCAAGCUUUGGAUCCUUCCAGAUCGUCAACCUGUUUUUCGAUGAGUGGCUGGGGUUCAAGGUCCUUAGAAAAGUUGCU